GAGCUGUAGCACUGAAGAAUCUUGAAAUAAAAGAAAAUGCACUGAGUCAACUGGAUGUGCCAUUUAAAGUUAAAGCAGGACAUAUUGGUCAGCUUAACCUGCAGAUUCCAUGGCAAAACCUUUAUACUCAACCUGUUGAGGCAGUUCUUGAUGGAGUUUAUUUGCUUAUUGUGCCCACAGCCAGCAUAAAAUAUGAUGCUGAAAAAGAAGCCAGGCAGCUCUUGGAAGCAAGGCAAAGGGAAUUGCAAAGGAUAGAGGAAGCAAAGCAGAAAAUAGCUGACCAAGAUAAAGUGAAGGAAGAGAAACAAGACACUUUUGUAGAAAAACUAGUCACUCAGGUCAUCAAAAAUCUUCAGGUGAAAAUUUCCAACAUCCAUAUUCGCUAUGAAGAUGAUAUCACAAAUCGGAAUAACCCCUUGUCAUUUGGGAUUUCACUUCAGAAUCUAAGUUUGCAGACCUCAGAUAAGAAUUGGAAUCCAUGUUUACAUGAUGAAACUGCCAAGUUGUUCUACAAGCUCGUACGACUGGAUAACCUUUUUGCUUACUGGAAUGUGAAAUCAGAGAUGUUCUACCAUGGUGGUUGUGAUGAGUCAUUGAUUAACUUAAAACAGGGAGUUGCCAGCCACAGUGUGAUUCCAGAAGGUUAUGAUUUUGUAUUCCGUCCAAUUUCAGCUAGAGCCAAACUCCUUAUGAAUCCUCGAUCUGAUGUUGACUUUUCAUCCCCGAAAAUGGAUUUAGAUGUAAAUUUACAGGAUAUAACUGUUGAAUUCAGUAAGCCACAGUACUUCAGUGUUAUGGAGCUUCUUGAGUCUAUUGAUAUGAUGACUCGAAAUCUGCCAUACAGGAAGUACAGACCUGAUGUUCCAUUGCACAACAACGCUAAAACAUGGUGGAAAUAUAUUAUUUAUGGCAUCCUUGAAGUAAAUGUUCAACCUAAGCUCCAAAUGUGGUCAUGGGAACAUAUUCGGCACCAUAGGAGUCAAGUGAAAAACUAUAAAGAGAUGUAUAAAACAAAGAUAACAUCAAAAAAACCUAGUGAAGAAAUCUUAAAAUUGUUGGAGGAAUUUGAAAAGGCCUUGGAUAUUUUUAACAUCACUCUAGCACGUCAACAAGCAGAAGUUGAGGCAACUAAGGCUGGAUUAAAAAUCUACAGACCAGGAGUGAAACAAGAUGAUGAAAAUUCUGGUGGGUGGUUUAGUUGGAUGUGGAGCUGGUCAAGACAAAAAAAGGAUGAAAAAGAACAAGAAGUAAAAGGUUCAAGUCUUGAAGAGCUGAUGACAUGUGAAGAGAAGGCUAAGCUUUAUGCAGCAAUUGGAUAUAGUGAAACAGCUGUGGAUCCAACACUUCCAAAAUCAUAUGAAGCCAUGAAAUUAUCUGUGAAGUUAUUAAGCAUGUCUGUCUCAAUAAGAGAAAACAAACAAACUCCUAAGCUGGUAGAAUUUGCAUUAACUGGUUUGAGUACAGUAUUUACCCAGCGACCAGGUGCACAAGCAAUAAGAUUUGAAACAGAAAUUACCUCACUUGAAGUUACAGGCAUGUCCCGAGAAAAGUGUAAACCCUGUCUCCUAUCUUCUCGAACAGUCUAUUCGGACAAGAGUACUUCACUCUUAAGUAUAAUGUUUGAGACUAAUCCUUUGGAUGAGAAAGCAGAUCAGAGGCUUAGAAUAGAAUCACAGCCACUGGAAAUAGUAUAUGAUGCAAUGACGAUAAAUAGCUUAGUGGAUUUCUUCAGGCCUCCAAAAGAUGUACAUUUAGAGCAGUUGACAUCAGCAACUCUGAUGAAGCUUGAAGAAUUCCGUGAAAAAACAUCAACAGGUUUAUUGUAUAUUAUUGAAACCCAGAAAGUUCUUGACCUCAAAAUCAACCUCAUGGCUUCAUACAUCAUUGUUCCACAAAAAGGAUUCUAUGACCAUACAUCAAAUUUACUACUUCUGGAUCUUGGUAGUCUUAAGAUGCAAAGCAAAGGUCGUUCUGAUAUAUCAGAACUCAAAGUAGGACAAAGCACUAUUGAAGAUAUAAUGUCAAGAGCUUAUGACAGUUUUGAUGUCCAACUCAGCAGUAUACAGUUACUUUACAGCAAAUAUGAUGAGAACUGGCAAGAGGCUCGGAAGCUGAAAUAUUCAUCUCAACAUAUCUUGCAGCCCUUGGAUGUAAAAGUGGAAUUUAGCAGGGCUAUGGUUGUUACAGAUGCAAGAAUGCCCAAGUUCAAACUGUCUGGACAACUGCCUUUACUUUCUAUCCAAAUAUCAGACCAGAAGCUGACAAGUAUCUUGGAGCUAACUGAUAGCAUUCCUAAACCAGAGAGUGCUCCUGCUACUAGUUCUCCUCCGAGAAUAGUUGAGUUAGUGGAGGAUUUGUUCUUGGGCUGCAAAACAGAAUAUUCUUCAGAAGAAAUCCUUCUAGGGUUUUGCACCCUGCAUUUUCUCGUACUUCAGUACAAGAAGGCUAUCCACUUCAGUGUGGAAGGCUUUGUAUCUCAUUAUUUGCAAUUGCUUGAAGAGACCAAAGUUGGCUCUGCUGAAGUCCAGAGUUGUGAUCCUGCUUGGUAUUCUGUUCCUACCACACAAGAUCCUGAACUCCACCGUCUUGUGGUCGCUGCAGCCAAGGCUGCCCUCAACCUUCACCACUUCAACCAGACCAUCCUUAUACAUGAAGAAAUGAGAUUCAACAAGGCUAAUAUCCAGGUUCUGUACUUGAGUGAUAACAACCCAAUGCAAUGCUAUAGGCUUUGGGAAAAGUGGCUGGAAAGCUGCCUCUUGGAAAAGGACCUGAAGGCUACAAUAUCCCCUGUGCUCUCAGCACCACAUUUAUCACAGGGUGCAUUUCCUGGUUUGGAUCUUCAUUCACUUGCUGAGUCAGAAUCAGAAGAGGAAUUUUAUGAUGCUCUAAGCAGUCCUGUGGAAGACAUGCCAUUUUUUGAAGCCACAUCUGGUUCCCUCAAGCGAGCUAGCAGUACAAGGCAAAAAAAACUACGUAAACAAGAAUCUUUGAAAAAUAUGACAGAAUUCCAGCUAAGGUUUGAAGUAGCUAAG